AUGGAUAAAGAAUGCGAGCGUACGCAAGAACUAUUUAACAGACUUACCAUGGUAUACAAGGCGCCUACGGACAAACGACGGGGACUAGUCGACGGACUAGGGUCUAUAGCAAAGGCAUUAUUCGGCACCGUGGACGAAAAGGACGAAAAGCUUAUCAACCAGCAACUCGCGCUGCUCCAUGAUUCAAACGCCGCAAUUCGACACACCAUGAAGCAUCAGCUGAAGAUGGUCAAUGCUACAAUAAACCACGGCAGAACUGUAGUUUACGGCCGCCAAAUCGACAUGGUUGAACACUUUGUGGUAAUAAGCGCGUUGGCCGAAAACAUACUGCGCGAUACUGCAGACACAUUAGAUUACUUAACAUACCUCAAGGAAGGAAUUUUACACCCCAGAGUUACCUCCGUAAGUCAAAUAUUGACAAGCCUCAAGGAAGCGGCCACGAACCUACCUCAGGGAUUAUAUUUUCCGUUCAGUCUACAGGGAGAAGACUGGAUAACUAUAGAAAAAAUAGCGACUAUGACGGCGUUUUGCGACUCAACAAACAUUUUUACUAUCUUAAGAUUUCCGUUAAUAGUGUUGCCAGCAUACGAUGUAAUCCACGCGAUACUAUUGCCGAUACACGACCACGCGGAAUCCGUGUGCGAAAUGCAAAUGUACACGAAAGCCGAAAAACAUAAAAAUUGUAAAACUAUUUUUGAAACCGCCAGUAGUGUCAUGUGGGUAAAGACAAAAAACUCGUGGUUGUAUUCCGCCGCGUCAGCAGAAACAAUCACGGUGCAAUGUCACAGCUACCCAGAUACAAAAGAAAGUAUUGUUGACACUGGCAAGAUUAAAGAGAAUGAAGAGUCUGAAAAUAUUAUACCUAAUAUUCAUUCUAUUCCCAGUACAAGUACAGAAAAGAUGAAUUUAUCAACGAUUACUAAUCACUCAAAAAUAUUAUCUAAUAAAAAGAUUUCAUCGCAACAUUCGCAACCAUGUAUUGAUGUUGCAAUAAAAAAAAUUAAGACUUUUGAAGAUGGAGGUGCUAAGGCAGCGGAGAUAACUAAUGCUCUUUUAUUUAUGGUUGCCAAAGACAAUAUGCCAUUAAACACGGUUGAGAAGAAUGGCUUUCAAUACUUUUUAAAAGUUGUUGCCCCACACUACAAAAUUCCUGCCCGUAAACAAUUCACGGAAUUAAUGGACAAUAAGUAUGAAAUGCUGUCGCUUCUUAUAAAGAAUGAAUUAUCAACUGCAACGACAAUCACUUUAACUUGCGAUGUAUGGACAGAAGUCCUAAAUACGGAGUACAUGAAUUAG